UUUCAGCCUCGUCGUUGACUCUGUAGCUGGUUAUUUCAUUACCCCCUGAUCAGGCUCCAGUCGCCGCCAAGUUUAGCCACGGUUACGUAUUUGGUCUGACAAUAUACAACAGCGGCUUUUCGACCAGAAAGUUCUUGGAAACUCUGUCAGACAACAUUCUUCAAGAUUAAUCCGUGAUAUCGCCUUCACGUCACCUCCAAGUUACUUCAUGUGCUUGAGAUAGUGAAUGGUAGUGCCUUCACCAUGUCUCAACUCGACCAAUGCACGGGUCAGCCAUCUGAUGAUGUCGAUGAGCCUUUUGACGAUGAAGAUUUCUACAUUGGCUGCUCGAAUAUUGAUAGUCAAACCUCAACGUCCGCAACACAACAGACGUUGUCAAGGACCAUUCUUCAGCACGGUACUCAGCCACUUUUGAAGCAUUUCUGGGCCAAUUCAAAACAAUCAGAUCAGGGACCCCGGUGUCAGCCACAAAAGCAUUCGCCAAUGUCCGAGAAAUAUGUGGCUCUUGGGGCCAUCAGACUCUAUCAGCAUGACGAAGAUACACACACGGGACGCUGGACUAUGAUCGGUCCGAAACGCGAACACCUCUACCCUGCUCACAAUUCUCCUCUAGAUCUGGGAGAAAAACGGCAGUGGCUGAGAACCGAGAUAGUCGCUCAUGCAGAUGAUAAGCAUUGUGCUUGCCUGAGGAUAUAUGCUCUUCCCGAGGAUGUCAACCGCAGCAGCCGCGGCUCUAUCAAAGAUCUUAGAAAGGUCUUGAAGUUCGUGACUGAGUUCGUUGAUACCUCCCCACAGACCUGGACAGGCAGCUACAAGCCAAAUGCUCCAAUCCAGACUUAUCACCGCCCUCCUUCCUCGGAAGAAGAAUCCCUUUUCUACAUCUUCAACACUUUGUCAUCGCCAAAAGCAUCGUACGAUGAUGUCGGAGCUUGUCCAUAUAGCCAGCAGUCUAUGGCUGCGGUUUUGGACGAUACCAUCGACGGCCUCAAAACACCUUUGUAUCCUUACCAGAAACGCUCAGUUGCUGCUAUGCUUCAGAAGGAAUCGAAUCCGGCGAAAUUAAUGGACCCAAGAAAAGCACGCUUUUCAGAUUGUCACGGUAAAGAUUUUUACUUAGAUGUGCUGGAAGGCAUCCUUCUCGUCCACCCUCAGUACUACAGCGAGCCUCGAGGUGGCAUUCUGGCAGAGACCAUGGGUUACGGAAAGACGUUGAUAUGCGUUGCCCUUAUUCUUGCAACUAGAGGUCACUACCCGACCCUUCCUGAAGGCAGGCUUGACACUCUAUCGGAAACCAAGAACCCGCGAACUCCUAGCUUACUGGACUUGGCAGCUAAGAAGUUAAAGCAUGCUGGUGUGCCUUGGAAGGCUCAAUUUGCUGCUUUUGCAAAGGAAGGCUAUCAGUAUGAUCAAUGUACUCAGGCCAUUGACAGAUAUGACGCGAAGUUUGCGGAACCGAUAUUCCACCCGAUAACACCGAGUCGAAUACACAAAAAACGCGAAGAGUUCAGAGUCUUGCGUCUGUGUUACAGUACUUUGUUGAUUGUACCGCCGAACCUGUUGAUACAGUGGCAGAACGAGAUCCAAAAGCAUACGAAUGAAAACUCCCUGGAUGUUCUUGUGCUCGACUCAUCUACGACAGAGAUUCCUUCAUAUAAGACGCUCAUGAAGUACGAUAUCGUACUAAUCACAAAGUCUCGCUUUGACCAAGAAUAUCGCGAUGACGACUUGAACCAGGGCAGACGAAUGUAUGGUAAGGAGAAAUUCCGUUCACCUUUGACCGAAGUACGCUGGCUUCGAGUGAUCUGUGAUGAAGGUCAUAGCUUUGCAGGCUCAAGCUAUAGAACUCAUGCGAUGGCUAUGCUGGACAAAAUGUCAAUCGAGAGACGCUGGGUAGUUUCCGGUACCCCGUCGCAAUCUCUUCAUGGCGUGGAGGUCAAUCUCGCGCUGAAUGAAAGUGACCAUAGCCUUGAGUCCUCUCGGAGUGUCUCAAUUCAGAAUUCAUUGGAGCGCAGAAAGAUGAAGGACUCGGCUGCAGAAGAGAUCAAAGACAUGGAGCGACUGCGUGUCAUGGUGGUCAAGUUCCUCAAACUUCAACCCUGGGCUAAUCAAAAAGGUUCUGACUAUGCGGACUGGAAGAAGUAUCUCGCCCCAUUUGAUGUCGAUGGUAAGCGACGAUUUGCACCUGCGCUGAGAGAUAUUUUACAGUCUCUUAUUGUGCGGCAUCGUAUCGAGGACAUCGAUGCAGAUCUCUGCCUACCUCCGCUGCACAACACUACAGUCUAUCUUGAACCAUCGUACUAUGACAAGCUCAGUAUGAACAUGUUUCGAAUGCAACUGAGCUCAAAUGCUAUCACUUCUGAACGAGUGGACGAGGACUAUAUGUUUCAUCCCAAGAACAGAAAGCAUCUGGACGAUCUGGUCAACAAUCUUCGCCACUCAAGCUUCCAUUGGGUAGGCUUUACCGAACAUGAGGUGACUGAGACUAUCCGCGUGAGCAACACAUAUCUGGAUAAAAAUCUGGAAACCAUCACAGAUAGUGAUGGUCGCUUGCUUGCUGAAGCCAUCCUGAAUGGUGAGCGCGCCUUGAACGAUCUAACUUGGCGUGCAUUCUCAUUCUUUCAUGAAAUUGGAGUCUAUGUUGAAGAAUUUCCCGAACACGCGAGACAAGCGUGGGCAUUGCACGGCGAAGAAACGAACCCGCUACUGCUUGGUACUGUUCAGGCUCGAGAGGCACAACAGUACGUUCUGAAGAGGCUCGAUUCAGACUCUCCCACCGACGGAUUGACGGGUGCCGGGCUGCGAGCAAUGCUUGCUGCCAGAGAACGGGCUACUGAGCAGCAGCAAGAAAGAAACAAGAAGUCUAAUAGCACCAGCACCUCAAAAUCACCCACUGCCGGUACAAGCGAGGAACCCAAAGUGAAAAAUCAAUCGACAUCAUCCAUGUCUUCUUCCUCUACCCAAGGCCCGACGGGAAAGGGGAAAAUGUCAGACAUUUUAUCCACAGCUCAAAAAAGGCCACGAUCAUUAUCAGAUGCCAAAUUUCCCUCGUCGCUGCCGCAGGCCAAAAUCCUCGGCUUUACGUCCGCCAAGUUGAAUUAUCUCUGCUCUAGGAUCCUCGAGCUGCAGCAGGACGAGAAGAUGAUCAUAUUCUACGACUCCAACAAUAUAGCGUUCUGGAUUGCCGAAGCCCUGGAACUUUUAUCGGUACACUUCUUGAUCUACGCCAACACCCUCUCCGUCACGCGAAGAGCAGCCUACUUGGCCACGUUCAACCAGUCGGAUGUUUUUCGAGUCUUGUUAAUGGACCUCAAGCAAGCGUCACACGGACUCCAUGUGGCGGCGGCAAGCCGGGUUUUCAUAGUGUCACCGAUAUGGCAACCAAACAUUGAAUCUCAAGCCAUCAAGCGUGCUCACCGUAUCGGCCAAACUAAACCCGUGUACGUGGAGACACUCAUCCUGAAGGACACCCUGGAGGAGAAGAUCCUCCAGCGUCGCCGACAAAUGAGCAACGCCGAACUUGUCAAGGCCGAAAAGAGUCUGCUCGACGAUGGCACCAUGAACGGCAUCAUCCGUGCCGAAGGAUUUCUCACAUUCGUCGAGGGUGAAAAGGAGAGGAUGAUUGGUGGAAAGCUGGAUUCGCCGGUGCCUUUGUUCGAGAGGAGAAAUGCGAUGGGGAAUAUCGAUGGCGGUAGUGGUAAUGGUGGGCAAGAUGGCCUUAUCCUCGGCCUCGAAGACGAGCACGUUUCCAAAAGGGCCAAGAAAGGCAAGGGAAAGGAGAAGCAGAAGACAGUUGCGGUUGGCGGCGGUAAGGUUAUUGUCGCGGCGCCUCACGGUCCACAGCUCCCUGAUAUUUCGGUAGAGAUUCCAAGGUCGACGAAAUUCGAUGAUGGGCCUGUUCAUUCUGAGCAGACGAAGAAAAAGAAGAGCGUCAGGAUAGUGGUGGAUGCUUCGUUGAGUGCUUGAGACUCCCACGACAAUUCUCGAUUCUGUACGGAGCACGAACAAGUCGUUCUUAGAAACAAACGUAUCAAAUUGCACAAUAUUCAUUCAGGACCAAAUCUGUCCCCCUAAUAAAUAAG